CUAGAAUCACCUUUGUGGUCUCCUGAAAAGAAUUGACAGAGUAUAUCCCGCAAAAUUGGUGCGCUAACCACAUAAAAUAUAAAUCACUGGUCUGUGUGUGUAGCGAAGGGGGACAAGAAGAGAGGAGGCGAGGGUCUCCAUUGUUUUGCCACACUUGUUCCAAAACGAUUUCAGGUGGCCGUUAAAAAAAAACAGAUAACAAUGAAUUUUAUAAGCUUAUUUGGAAAAGUAAAAAUGUCCAAGAACGUUAAAAAAAAUAAGGGCAGACAGACCAGAUACAGCAGGGUGAACGUGAUGUGCGAUUUUGUCAUCGUGUUGCACUGCGAUCCCCUCGUGUUCGAAAUAUUAUUUGCAUCCAUUGAAGAGUAUGCAGUGUUCUCCUGCGCUGUAUUUACGUAAAAUCCGACGUACCCAGAUAAACAUUUUUUGUAAUAAUCCUCUCAUAAUAUUGUUUAUUAGUUUUUCAAAUUCAAAAUACUAAUAAUUUUUUUAGUCAGAAUGUGUCCUUUUAUCACUUAUAUUGUUCCAACAUAAUAAUUUUAUGUCUUAAUACGUAAGGGGAAGAGUUGGGAACAGCUUCAGCAACAACAACUUUAAUUUUUGUUUGUCAAAACAAAUAUGGCGGAUAAUAGUAAUGAAGAAUAUUCUGAUUUUGAGAGUGAUGACGAUUUUGCUAGUGAUGAAGACAGUCCUCGAAGUGAAAAAAAAGAUGAAGACGUUAAAAUCAACAAAGGCAAUAAUUUUAUUGUCUCAACUGAAGAAAAUAAAGAUGAAGAGUACGAAGAAGACCAAGAAGAAGAAGACGAUAACUCAUUUUCCAGGCCGGAAAUAAGAUUAGCAAAAUUGAAGAAAGAAAUAGUCGAUGUAGAUUUUAAUUUAUCCCGAAUAAAUAGAAUCAAAUGUAUCGCCUUGUGUAAAAUAAUAAAUGGUCAGAACCAUUGGAAGGUAGCAGAGGCACAUUUAGAUUUAGCAAACGUUUAUUUGCGAGGCAAGCAUUAUCCACUACAAACCCUUAAACAUGCAAAUUUAGCAAGAGAAAUAUUAUUAGACUUGCAAGGUAAAGAGAAUGCCACCGAAACUACACAGUUGCAAUAUCUUCUUCAAAAUUUGUAUUAUGUUUUGGGAAGAGCAAAUUGUCAACUAAAUAAAUACAAAGCCUCAGAAAAUUGUCUACAAAAGGCGAAGACUGUUGCAGAUAAUGCACGAAAUGCAACUUUGAAAUCACUAUCCAUGAAAGUCACCAUUCUAUCUUCACUAGCUACAACAUUAAGCAAACUUGGCCAAUUGGGACAAGCCAUUGAGUGCAUUGAGGAAGGUAUUGAAGUCGUAAAUAAAAUGUCUGGUGAUAAUUCUGAUCUCUACAUUAAACUACACAAACAAAUGGCUAACCUUGAAUUGAUGAAUGGAAAGCAUGCAAAUUUUUCUUCUGCAGAAGAAUCAGUAAAUAAGGCAUUAAAACUUUCAAUAGAAACAAAUGGCCAAGAAUCCAGUGAUACUGCAGAAAUUUAUAUCUUAGGCUGCAGAGUAGAAUCACAAAAAGAAAUAAUAGAUUUUUUAAAGGUUGAGACAAAUCUCAAUGAAGCAUUGAAAAUUUAUAAGAAUAUUGAUAGCAUAGAUAAGAUUAUAGCAACAGAACAGAUGUUAUGUAAGAUGAUGAUGCAACAGGGAAAAUACUUAGAUGCAACAAAAGUUUUGGGAGAUUGCAUCCAGAAGUGUGAAUUGUUUAAAGGGGACAUGUCUAUAAUGAGUGCAGAGUUAUACGAACUAAUGGGAAGCAUUUUGUUUUCACAACAUAAAAUGCCAAAAGCAUUAGCAUAUCUUGAAAAAGCAGCAGAGAUUUAUGUUGGAAAAAAGAAACAUGUUAAAAAGCAGGAGAAAAUUAUGAAGAUUAUUGAUAUUAUCAGAAAAUCGAGCAAGGAUGAAAAUGUAAAAACUUCAGAGGAUAAGUUAAAAACCCGACCUCGAUUUCAUUAGUCUAUAUUGUGUUAAUGUAGAAGUGUUGUCCAAAUUUUAUUGCAAUAGUGCAUGCACAAUGGAAAAUAGUGCAUAUAUAUAAAGAAUCCAUUAGUAAAAUAUAUGUUUGCACUAUUUGAAAUAA